GCCUAAAUAUAGUCAUGUGUGAUCUUGUUUGAUUUGUCUUAACAUAUAGAUUAUUAAUAUAUAAUUUCUAUAAUUUUUUAAUAUACAAAUUACAAGAUAAAAUGGAUUAAAGAAGUGUAUUGGAUGGUGUGUAAAAAUGAAAGUGGACAAAUACUCUAGGACGGAGGAAGUAAAAAUUAUUUAACAAAAACAACACUAUAACUCAAAGAAAUGAAUGGAAAGUGUGCGAAAAAUAUGACUAAAGUGUUGUAUUUAAAUAUGACGAAGCGAGGCUUUCUCGGCGGCGGAACCAUUCCUUCUCAGGUAUCCCCAAUCCACACCCAAUUCUAGAAGCACAGAGAUGCUGGGGUUAAUUCUCCGAGCAGCCGCUUCCACUCCGGCCGCCGCGAAAUCGCAACCCGCCGUCUCUGAUGUGCUUAUCCCCGCCAUUGCCUCGUUAUCUCAACACCUGUCCUCUUCUAGAGCCUUCUCUGCGUCAGCGGCGAAACAAAGCUUGCCGAAGGGAAAGAAAGGAACUCAGAAGGGAUUUGAAGCACCCGGAGGAUCCUUGGAGGCCGAAACCAUCAACCGCAUCAAUGACGGAGCUCGCCUGCGCGCUCUAGCGGAAGACGAAAAGGAUGCAUCCCUAGAUGUUGGCCCGAAUCUGCAGCCGCUCUUCACCUCUGCAGCCUCUCUCUCGCAGCUCAGCAAAAAAGAUACUUGCACUUACAUGAAAUUCAGUAUAGAGGAAUUGGAAGCAGUGUUGCCUGAAGGAUUGCCAAAGGGAAUGCUGAAUGAAUUUGAGGACUCGAAGCGAAAUGCAUUGCUCAUACGGCAGAGCUUUCUGGAUCUCCGAGAUAAUUUCAGGCGGAUUGUUGAUCCUACUAUGCAGACUAAUGUCAAAGGUUCUAAACCUCGGAAACAGAUUGUUUUAGAUGGUCCUGUGAGCUGUGGAAAGAGUAUUGCUCUUGCAAUGCUUGUUCACUGGGCACGGGAAGAAGGAUGGUUGGUCUUCUAUGUUCCAAGAGGCCGAGAAUGGACUCAUGGAGGAUUUUUCUAUAAAAAUCUUACAAAUGCUUUAUGGGAUACUCCUGCUCAUGCAGCAAAUAUUCUCAAGGAUUUUUUGAAGUAUAAUGAACAACAUUUGCAAAAGUUGCCAUGCAAAAUAUUUGACCCAAUUCCCUUGGGAGAGGGUGUGGGAGUUGGACCCCCAAAAGGUGAUCAGACUAUGACAAUAACAGAGGGUCUUAGUCUAUUUGACCUCGUUGAAAGAGGUCUUAGCAGCACAUAUGCCUCUGUUGGAGUGGUUGUUCGAUUGAGGCAAGAAUUGUCUCUUGUGAAAGAUAUGCCUGUUCUUAUUGCAGUUGACCAGUACAACAGUUGGUUUACAUUCAGUGAAUACCAAGAACCAGCAACUGUUCGGUCUUGCAGGCCCAUCCAUGGUAGAGAACUUACCACUGUCAAUGCAUUCAGAUCCAUGCUUCACGAUGACAUGAUGGUUGGUGCUUUCUCUCAUUCAACGGCAGUAGGGAAACUGCGUCAAGACUUACCAGAUGUUCCUGCUGAUGCCCGCUUGAAUUACCCUCGAUAUUCCUUGGAUGAAGCUGCCGUAGUUUGUUAUUACUACCUCAGGCAAAGACUUAUACGUCGUGAGUCAUUCUCGGAAGAAAACUGGAAGAAGAUUUACUACCUGUCCAAUGGAAAUGGAGCGGAGAUGCGAUGGCUGGUACCUUUUAUGAGAUAAUCACCCAUUCAUCAUCAAACCGCACACAUAUAUUUUUAGCGCGACUAAUGUAAACUCUUUUUUUCCCCUCUGAUUCAAUGCAUAAAUGAUGUUUUGAACUGUCUUGUUUUUUUAUCUUUAGGUAGAAAUUCAUGAGGUUUGUAAAAUUUUGAUAAGUCAUGCAUUGUUUGCCAAAUAUAAACACUCACUCAUUUGUGACAUUCUUAUGUUGCACAAAAUCAUUUAUGUUUUUCAUAUCCAUUGGGAUAUCGCCGAGCAUGAUUAGACUUG